ACACGUCUGAAAUGACAAGCGACUGACAUCAGGCGGCACUGAGCUCAGAGGCUGUUGAAUCGACCGCACUGGGAUUUCGUGGGCCGAUUGACACGUUUCGGUUUCACUGGUUCUUCUGCAGAGGCAGGUUGCAAGCUAGUCAACAUUAUCAGGUGCCCGGUGAGCAGGAGGUUGCCAUGGCCGCGGGCGGGGCUUCUCUGGACCCGGAGCUGGUCCGGGAGGUGCUGGAGUGCCCCAUCUGCCUGGAGACGUACAACCAGGAGCAGCUGCGGCCCAAGCUGCUGCAGUGCGGCCACACGGUGUGCCGGCAGUGCCUGGAGAAGCUGCUGGCCAGCACCAUCAACGGCGUGCGCUGCCCCUUCUGCAGCAAGGUGUCGCGCAUGAGCAGCAUCGCGCAGCUGGCCGACAACCUGACCGUGCUCAAGAUCGUGGACUGCGUGAGCGCCGGGCCCGGCGGCGGCGCCGACGGCGAGGGCGGCGGCCCGGCCUCGGGCCUCAUGUGCCGCGAGUGCCGGAGCCGCCUGCCGCGCCGCUACUGCCCCGACUGCGCAGCCGCGCUCUGCGACGCCUGCGAGGGCGGCGCCCACCGGCAGCGGGGCCACGCCCCCUCGCUCAGCAUCCGGGCCGCGGCCGACCGGCGGCGGGCCGAGCUGGGCGCCCGGCUGGCGGCGCUGCGGGAGACGGCGGAGCGGGUGCGGCGGCGGCGGGCGGCGGUGGAGGGCGCCUCGCGCUCGCUGCGGCUGCGCUACCGGGCGGCGCAGCGGGAGUACGCACGGGCCGAGCUGCGCCUGCGGGAGGACCUGGCCCGGGCCCGCCGCGCCUUCGCCGAGCAGCUGGCCGAGGUGGAGCGGCAGAACGGGCUGGUCCUGGAGGAGCAGGCCUACCUGCUGGGCGUGGCCGAGGCGCGGGCCGCCUCCCGCUGCGACUUCCUGGCGGCGCGCAUCCAGCAGGCCGACAUGGCGCUGCUGCUGGAGGGGGAGGACGACGGCGGCGGCGGCGGUGGCGAGGAGGACGAGGAGCCCGAGCUGCAGGCCGGCCCGCCGCCCGUGCUGGAGCUGCGGGACCCCCAGCUGGCCCGCGCUGAGUGGGGGGAGCUGAACGUGGGGAUACUGAACACCAAGCUCCGCACCCUCAACACGGACGAGGACGACGGGCAGGCGCUGGCGGCGGGGGCGGAGGACGAGGCGGAGGAGGCGCCGCCGCUGGACCUGUACCGCGACGUCGACAUGGCCGCCGCGGAGGAGGCCGUCUGCGCCUCGCCCGGCGGCUUCAAGUCCAAGUCGGUGGACGGGGGCGGAGCCGCGGCCGGGGGCGGGGCUUCCGGCCGGACGGUGGCGGGGCCUGGGUCGGGGUCAGGGGCGGGCCCGGGGCCCGGCGCCCAGCUCUGCCAGUUCGUCAAGAAGAUGGGCGGCAAGGGGAACCUCCCGGGCAUGUUCAACCUGCCGGUGGGCAUCUGCGUCACGGCCCAGGGCGAGGUGCUGGUGGCCGACCGCGGGAACUACCGCAUCCAGAUCUUCAACCGCAAGGGCUUCCAGCGGGAGAUCCGCCGCAACCCCAGCAGCAUCGACAACUUCGUCCUCAGCUUCCUGGGCGCCGACCUGCCCAACCUCAUCCCGCUGUCCGUCGCCAUCACCGCCCAGGGCCUCAUCGGCGUCACCGACAACUACGACAACUCGGUCAAGGUGUACACGGCCGACGGGCACUGCGUGGCCUGCCACAAGAACCAGCUGGUCAAGCCCUGGGGCAUCGCCGCCACGCCCUCCGGCCAGUUCGUGGUGUCCGACGUGGAGGGCGGCAAGCUCUGGUGCCUGGCGGUGGACCGCGACGUGGGCGUGGUCAACUACAGCCGGCUCUGCUCGGCCGUGCGGCCCAAGUUCGUGGCCUGCGACCCCUCGGGGACGGUCUACUUCACCCAGGGCCUGGGCCUGAACAUCGAGAACCGGCAGAACGAGCACCACCUGGAGGGCGGCUUCUCCAUCGGCUCGGUGGGCGCCGACGGCCAGCUGGGCAAGCAGCUCAGCCACUUCUUCUCGGAGGGCGAGGACUUCCGCUGCAUCGCCGGCAUGUGCGUGGACGCCCGCGGCGACCUGCUGGUGACGGACAGCGGGCGGCGGGAGGUGCUCCGCUUCCCGCGCGAGGGCGGCGGCGGGUUCGGCGUGCUCGUCCGCGAGGGGCUGACCUGCCCCGUGGGCGUGGCCGUCACCCAGAAGGGCCAGCUGCUGGUGCUGGACUGCUGGGACCACUGCGUCAAGGUGUACUCGUACCUGCAGCACCGCCGCUCCUCCACCUGCUAGGGGGGCGGGGCCGUGGGGGCGUGGUCCCCGGGGUUUCCGGGGGGAGAUCGGAGCGGGCGUCCCGCCGCCUCCGACGUCCGUCAACAUUUGCGUCCCCGAGCUGCUCCCGCUCUUCCCCGCCGCCCGAGCUCCAGCGCUGGUCUCGGAUCAGUGCUCCGCGCGCCGACGUGCUGGCUGACGUCCCCUCCGCCUGAUCCGGGAACAGUCGAGAGAGAGAGCGGGGCUGCCGCGGUUUGCAAUGCAACCAGCCGUCCGACCAUCCGGGCUGCCUCUGUCUAUUAUAUUUGUAUAGUAGCGCAGCAGAGAGCAAUAAUGUAGCCGUUGUUCUCGUGUAUGGGGGGGAAGGGGGGAGUACAUAUGUUGACAGUCAGUCGUUCAGUAUCCACAACAAUUUAAAAAAAAAAAGUGGUGCACUGUAUGUGAAUUAUGAGCAUAACGACUUGAUUACACUGAUAAAAAAAUAAACUCACAUCAAUGAAAAAAAUAGAAGAAGAAGAAGAAGAAAAAAAAAGCCAUUUACUACGCUAUGAACUAUCAAAAGGAAACGCUUGUAUCUGGAACCUAAGUGAUCCUGUCACCCAAAUUUGGAGCGGGUGGGUGACUUGACCCCCAGUGCCGUGGACCUCCCCACCCUCCCUCCCCCCUCACCCCCCCACCCCCGUGUCCAGUGGCCUGUCUCUUCUGUCAGUGUGACGUCUCUCCUUAUGGUCCUCUUCGGUGUCAGAGCAUACCCCGGUUUGCAAGUUCCACUCCUCCCCAACAAGGAUGAUUUUAUUGAACCAAUGAAGUACCGCGUAUGAUUCAGACAUUCAGCCAAUGAGAUACUUUGAAGGACGGCACGCAGUUUCGACAGUUUGCCGUUGGCUAUCAUGAAGGGGUUUUGCAACAAGUUGUUUUCGCAAAUAUUUUGUGCGGUUUACACCUUUUAUGUGUUUUACUUGUCAGCUACUUUUGCUAAGCCGUGCAGAUACCGUGUUUCUUCUUGGGGUCGUAGCUUGGAAUCCCAACGACGGACACUGGUUGCCAGGCGAUGUUUGCCUGAGGGUUCUUGCCAAUUGGACAGUUCAGUCAACCGAUGGUUGGAUGAACUCUGUGAUUGGUCACUGGCUCGCCCGACCUCACAGAGCAAAACCUGCAUCACACGGAAGGCUGGAAUUUUGCGAUUCUAGCUAACCACCAGGAAGUAUCAGGAGUGAAAACUCUGGGGGGGGGGUAAAAAAAAAAAAAAAAACAAUCUGCCGCCGAGACCUGUCACAAAAAUCUGAAAACGUACAGCUGGCAGGAACCCAUGUCUGCCGUCAGUCCGUACGGUCGCUGAUGAUAUCCUUUCAUGUUUUUGUCUUUGAGGUCAGAGUAUUAUUAUUUAUUUUUUUCCACAUACUUCAGUUAGGGGUAUUUUUUUACUCCUUGGCUUGCCAAUCACAAGAGUGCUCUCAAGUGCUCUUGGAGAAGUGCUUGCUAAAGAAGCUCGGAGGUAGAACUCCUCAAAAUGACACUUUAAGCUGGUAAAGAACUGUCAUACAUAAGAUGUUAGAAAGUACAAGUGUCCUUGUUCAAUUUGACAGACCGCAAAUCGAUUGCUCCCCUUCUCAAAAAGGUCAAAUUACUGUUUACUCAGAACGAAGUGGAGAGGUUUGUGUUUUGAGAGACGUGUUUUCUUCUCUUUUUGAAGAUUUAAUUACUUCCUUUCAGAAUUCAUUCUGGGCUGUUUAUUUUUGUCCGUCAGGGAUUUGCUGAUAUAUUUACACGAUAUGCCCACCAAUUCCUGGGAUGGUCAGAACUCCUACUCCUGCUGGUAGCCUCAGUGAUUGCAAUGACUAAAAAUUUACCGUUUUUGCUUUUUGGUGUUUGUUAUCUGUGUAAAGUGAGUCUCAGUUUCCUGUUUGUAAUGUUUAUUAUCUAAUGAGCGCAAUAAACCAAAGUUAAAGGUUU